AUGAUCAAAAUUGAUAAAGUGCUGGAGAUCAACGUGCGCGAUUUCGCGCGCGACUUGAACGUUUUUUAUAAGAAAAGUAAAGCCAUUGGGAACAUAGGAAGAACGGAAAACGCUCAAAACAGACGUUUCUCCGACAGAAGAACGGUGUCCAAGUAUGGAGACACAGUCACCAUUUCUUUGGAAAGGCACAUAUUCAUUUGUGUGCGACGAAGCAACACCUGGAGGGUGUUCCGGCACAACAGUUCCCAUAAAAUUGAUAAAUGCGUGUGCAUUGGUGAUUCGAACGUGCUCGUGUUGCAGAGGAACAAUCACAUUUCCAUGCAGGCGUUCGAACGCAUUGACAAAAACAAACAGUUAAACGAAAUAAGAUUGUUGAGGAGACAGGACCUCUCAUCGAAUGCCCUUUUCUUCUGUGUGCACCAGGGUUCUAUUUACAUUGUCGACCGAAAUGGGGCACUAUGGCAAACAGAUGUCGAAGAUUGCCUGAACGCCGGCAUUUCCCCAAAACAAAUCAAACAUUUUCACUUCCAAAAGGACAACCAAGUGUAUUAUUUUAAAGUAAAAAAUGGGGAGACCCUAAUUAUUGCUCACUGUGAUGACGGACGAGGGAAGGAAGUCCACACAAUUAUGUACAACUUUGCGAGUAAGCAGUUGGAGCAAAUUAGUUUGAGUGUCUCCCCUGGAGUCAACCUGGAGGACAAAGAAAAAUAUAUUAAUUGCCUCGAUUUUAACGACAACUAUGUUGUGGUGCUGUUCAGCACAAAUGAAUUGGCCGUUUAUCAAAAGGGGGGAAAGACGAACAAGUACAAAUUUUUUAAAUACUUGGAUAAAAAUAAAGCGAGCGUCCUGAAAUAUUUUAAAAAUAAAAGCUUGCACGAAGUGGAGGAAUGCACAUUGGGUCAGGCAUCUGGUCAGGCAUCUGGUCAGGCAUCUGGUCAGGCAUCUGGUCAGGCAUCUGGUCAGGCAUCUGGUCAGGUAUCUGGUCAGCCAUCUAGCCACACAUCAGGCCACACAUCUGACCACGCACCUAACUGCGCAGACAAGGUGGACAGAAUUUCCUCCCUUCAAAUGUGUGAGGACAACACCCUGCUGCUAACAUACAGUGAGCGCUUCCUCCCCGACACAGAGGACAAUGGAAGCAAUCACAAAUUCACCUCCCUCAUGAAGAGCGCCACGAGCACGUUAAAUAUGUACCGUAAUGAAAUAGAAAAAAUUUUCUUCUUCCGAUUUUUUUAUCAAGACAAGUUUAACAAUAACUCCCUCCUGUACGAUAUCAAUGAACAGUUAAUUAAAAGCCAAAAUAUGCACAUGUGCUUUUUGAACCUACGGGGGGGGUGUAGGAACACGGAGAGCAUCAACUUGGACGAUGGGAUUUACACCCUGUAUAGAGAGACAAUUCAAAUUUUGAACAGUCGAUUGUCCGGGAUGGGAAGCUUGGCAGAUGAGGAAAACACUGCGGACUGUCCAAACGGAGCAGCCGCAGAACGAAGGAGGGAAGAGCUUCUAAACCUAAGAGCAUACCUAGACGUGCACGACAUAAGUCAAAAUAAAAGAAAAAUAUUUAUGAACCGAUUAAGUGAGGACCCCUCUGAAAAGGGCUUCCUCAACAUGGACUUUCUAAAAGACAUAACAAAAAAUAUAAGUCGAUCCGAUGAUGUACAGCCGUGUAGCAACAUAUACCUAUGCAAUAUCGAUGACUACUACGUGAUGCUGGAAAAUGCAGAAGACGAUUUUAAUUUAAUUUUGUAUAAAAUAAAAUUUCUGAACAUGUCAGAAUUUUUAAUUCAUUUAUUUUUUUAUAACUACCACGAUGCUGUGUUGGCAGCUGAGCAGAAUGGCAUGGCGUCUUUGCAUCAACUUUUCGUUUACUCCGUUUAUGACUACGGGGGGAGGUACUUCGAGUCACCCCUGAGCGAUUUUCAGUGCCUCUUCCAAAUUAAAAACCUGUUUGACUUCCUAGAGAGAGCUGUGACGUACGACCCUUUUCUCUUCAGAGAGGAAGAUGACACAAACAUAAUCGAACUGCUCAAUUUGAAAAACAACGGAAUCGGUCAGUACAGAUAUGUCCCUACCAAUCUUAACAAAAAUGAGGAAAAUAAUAAUUACCACAAUAUGUUUUAUCUUCUGAACGAGUCAGGCGAUAAUGAGAUCACUUCAAAAUAUGUGAACAAGUAUUACAGUGUGAAAAGGGUAAGCAGUGCAAACUUGAUGCAGCAUGUCGACAUAAACGUACAGAUGCUCAAGCUGAAAACUGUGCUGUGCGUCUCCCUGCGAGUUGUCCUGUACCUGUUGGGCGAGGGGCAGUCGGCUGGCGAUGUGGUGCUGACCUCAGAUGAGAGCGACGUGGGGUGCGACAUUGAAGGUCAUCACACUGACGAGGGGUGCGAUAUCGGUGAAGGUCACCACACUGACGAGGGGUGCGACAUUGGUGAGGGUCACCACACCGAUGAAGAGGGCCACUUCCUAACCAAGUUGAUAAAAAAUAAGGUAAAGAAGCGCCGAAGGAAGAGACCCAAGUGGGCCCACAAAGGCGGACAAGCCACUAUGCAUAUGGGUGGUCACACAUCAGAGCCUCCGAACGAGCGACAGUCCGGAGACGAAAGCGACAGGGAUGGUGAGAACAGUGCCAGCGGCCAUAGUGAGGAGGAGCAAAACCGAAUCAGCGAGAUAUGGGGACUUUCGAUCGACCAGGCAGAUCUAAGCGGAGUUGAAAGCAGCAGCAACGUUGCUGACAGCGUUGAAAUGGAGAAAGGAAGCAUCUCUGCGUCGAACUCACUGAAAAGACUUAAUGACCAAGUGAAGAGGAGAAUUCCCCACAGCAUAUUUCUCCACGACGUAGACUACAACUCGUUCAGCGAAAGCCGCGAGUCCGUACAGAAAAACGAAAUUGUAAAAACGAAAUUGAAGCUGUACAGAAAGGAGAUACUACGGCAAGUUUAUAAGUACAAAAUGUAUAACUACGUUAUGAAGCUCCUGGAUCGAGAAAGACGGAGAGGAAGGAACCACCCGGGCUGUGGUACAUCAGGGGGAGAAGACGAACCCCCCAAUUUAAACUCCGACAAGCACAAAAACUACAGUAAUAAAAAUAAACUGUCCGACAUUUUUAGCAUCUUCAAGAAAAAUAUAAAUGAUUCUACAAAGAUGGGAGAAAAAGAUUACAUGAACAGAACUGCCAGCAGUGAAGGGUUCACAGAAAGCAACGCAGAAGUUGAAUCGUCCAACAUCUACAUCUUGAGCUGGACAAAAUUUAAGUACUAUUACACCCCAUUUGAUAUUGUAAAAUAUUUUUUAAUCAACCAAAAUUAUGUCUUAAUUAAAAUUUUUUAUAAAUAUUUUCGUUUUUUUGUUAACCAUAAUUGGCAAAGGAUAUUUUAUUACAUUCCCGUGAACACCAAAAUUGAGGAUAUUUUUUUUCUUCUCCCGGGGGUUAAAGUAGCGGAGAGUAAUAAUCACCCUGAUGGGGGUGCUUUACUAGGGAAAGCUGCCCACGAUGAAUAUACAAAUAAUGGAGAGUCUAACCCGAUUGACGAUGCAUGUGUUGAUGGGGGGACCAUUAGUCCUUCUUCCCAUUUUGCAAAAAAAGAUGAAACAGAUGAGGAAGAAGAAUAUGCAAAGUGGACUCGAGAAAAUCAGCCACCCAAAGGAUUUUCUAACCAUUACGAAAUACACUCUAAUGGUGAUGCCUUUUUUGAGUUCUUCUUCAGUAGAUCCAUUGCCAUAAUGAAGAGAACCAGGUUGGUUAAGAGUCGCCUCCUGGCAUUCGUCUAUAUUUGCCUACAACAAAUAAAUGGUGAUAACAUUUAUGAUCUUUUUAAGUACGACCCCGUUUUGAAGAGACUUACUUUUGACGAAUCGUAUUUUGACGAAUCGUACUUUGGCGAAUCGUACUUUGGCGAAUCUGUCCAUGUGGGAACCGUGUUAAGUGUAGGGGAAGAAAAUCCUACCGCUGUCACACCAGAUGGGAAUACCCACAGUAGAGGAACUCCACGAAGAGAACAACACCCUUUGCACAACGAAAAAAACAGAGUGAAGGCCCCCAAUUUUGGUGACCCCUUUUGGAUAAAGAAGAAUCUAAAAGUACAGAUUAAAAAGGAUAACAUCCCGAAGAAAAACGUGCUCCUUAUAUACAGCUUCUUCAUCCUCAUUAAGCUAUACAUCCUCUGCAAAGAGAAUCAUAAAAAUGUAAAAUUAGACGAUUUUGUACUCAUGGAUGUAUACACCCGCUUGUGUUUGACCCUGGAAUUCGACAUAAAGUAUAUGUCCUUGGAAUUAGACCAAGAUGGUUACAUAAAAUUAUUUUAUGACAAUUUGGAAGAAUUUUUGAGCAACUACUAUCUGAUAGAUGAACACAUUGCAUCUACAGGAACAGCGAAUUGCAAACUUUUCACAAAGGAGAUUGUCAAUUUGGCAUACGAGAAACCGAAAAACCUUUUGGAGAGCAUCUACUUCAAUUUGCUUUACUCCUCUCAACAAAUUUUUGUGUUAUUCUGUUUAAGGACAUUAAGACUGCUGCAGGGGAGAAACGGUCACAACGGUGGUGAGAGAGAAGGGAGGAAGGGGAAGAAGGAUGAUGCCACCUGGUCCAGCCACCUAACGUGGAGUGAACGUUUAGGUCAAAAACAGAGUGCAAUCCGCGGAAGUGCAGAAGUGGUGGUAGGGCGAUAUACCCAAUCGAAGCGAAAAACUGAAAUUGACAAAAUUUUUGUUUUCCUAAAAUAUAUUUACUACGCGUAUAAGCAUAGAGCUAUCUUGAGAAACGAUUACGAGUUCUCCUUUUUAUUUCUGGUGAUCUUUUACAAGUACAUGCACAUUAACCUGUUGCACUUUAUUUCAAUUUUGGGCGAUUUUUACAACCUGUUGCCGAGACAGGUAGUGGAAAUCCCCGAUGAGGGGGUGGAGUCAUCAGAAGGAGGGACCGCCCCACAGGGGGGGGAGCUCUUCGAUCUGGGUGAGCUCUUCCACAGCAGAGAGUGCAACAGCAAAGCGGUAAUUUAUGACGAACAUUUGAGUCGCAUUGUCGGGGGGGACUGUGAUGACGCAGCGGGGGGAAGUCCAUCUUGGGAGAGCCUAUCUGUCCAGGCUGCCCCCCAGGUGAACCCGUCUGUCCAGGACACCCCCAUGGUGGAGAAACUCCUGGACGUUUUCGAAAAGGACCUGAACGCCCUGGAGCUGAUCAAAUAUUUGAAGAAAGACUUCUCGCAACACGCGGAAGACGAAAUAAAGGUAGACAUCGAUAUGAUUGUGAGUUCUCGAAAUAGCAAAACGAAGACUGUACUGAACAUUUUUACGUUAUUCAAGAAGAUAAUGACCUGCACGAACAACAAAGAUACAAAUUUCACGAAGAACUGCUUCCAACUCUAUCACAAUUUAUUUUACCUAGUAGAUGUUUAUACCUUCUUUCACAUCCUCUUCUACAUCAUCCUCUUUCAUUCGAACGACUUUGAAUAUUUAACCAACCUUUUGAGUUUUUUCCGGAGAUAUUACAACCACGGGGGGGUGGGGAAGCCGCUCCAUGGGGAGAAGCCGCUCCAUGGGGAGAAGCCGCCCUAUGGGGAGACACCGCUCCAUGGGGAGAAGCCGCUCCAUGGGGAGACACCGCUCCAUGGGGAGAGACCGCUCCACGGGGAGAGCUCGGAUGACCUCAUAAAUUACCUCCUCCGCAAUAGGGUAAAAAUAGUGACAAUUAACGAAAAUUUUGAGCACCUCUACAAAUUUGUAGAAAAUAUAUACUCUAAGAGAAGAGGAGGAUUCCUGUCCCACUUGGCUGACCAGAAUGAAGACCUUUUGGCGAACUUGAAAAUGUUGAAGUACAUACAGAUGUUUGCAAAUCGAAAAGGAGAAAGCGAAAAGGAUAGUGGCCCUUCCUCCAUGAGUCACUAUGUAUCCAGACAGCCCCUACACAAAAGGCCAUCAAACGAAGAUAUAUAUAAAUCCUUUUCAAAAUUACUCUCUCAGUCAUAUGAAAGGAUUGCCCCGAACGAUGUAAACCUUGAGGAGGAGGGGGUAAAGAACAAAACGAGAAAUACUUACCGGCCCCCUUUUUACAAAAACAUUGUUUACGACUCUUAUAUCAAGAUAGCCAUCGAAAAAAAUAAAUUUCACAUCUUCAAAAAUGUAAUGCAGAACGAUCUCACAAUUUGUUACAACAGAUGGAGGACCAUCAAAUUGAUUAAACUUCUCCAUUUGGAAAAAGACCAUCUUAGGGAUUCUCUCCUCUUCGUUAUCAGCACCCUACAGUUACAUCGGAAGGUAAAGACUCUUCCCUUUUACCUGAUUCUUUUUCUUAUUUUAUUUCAAAAUGAUGAAUUGGGGAAGGACCAAAAGAAGGCUCUACACAAUGCCAUUAUGUACUACGUGGGAUGUUCGAACCGAUCUGUUAGCUAUGUGUACAAUUUCGGUAUGUCUCUCAUUGCUUACUUUUCUCUCAAUCACCCCGAGUGUAUUCCCCAUCUAUACAAAUCCGUUUUUACCAAAAGGGAGUACUUCAAUCCUGCGUGGAGAAUUCCAAAGGGACAGAGACGAGACUCGAACAACAUGCAUGAUAGCUUCCUCUCUGUGUAUGACUUUUUACAAGAUAGUAAAAUUAAAUCGCACAGGAUGAGUGAUGAAGAUCCCAGGAGUCAAGGAGAGAGUGGAGGUCAUAAUAAUUACCACCCCGGUGUUGUUCAAGAGGGGAGGGCAAACGCCACGGAGUGCCCUCCGCAGGGGGGAUCCGUCAGAAGUGAUCAGACUAGUGGGAACAUAAGCGAACCCGCAAAUAAGCAUCCCCAUUUCGGACCAUCGAAAGACGAUGACGAAGGGGAGAUGAACCCGAUUGCUAAGGCAUUCUGUAAACUUACACACACGGCGGACGCAUCCAGGGGGAGACUUCCCAUCGAAAGACACCCGCAGCUCCCAUUGGGAGGACUUCUUCACAUGGCGAGGGAGGAACCCAUGGAUCCAUACGAGCACACCUUUGAUGGGGAAGAUAAUCUCGGUGAAGUAGAACAACUCCAAGUCGAAAUCGAAAUAUUCCAAGGGGAGAAGAAGACCCCCCUUGAGAAUCAAAUCGACGAGUGCGAUGACGCGUGGGGAAAGAGUCCCGGAGAGAACGGCCAGCGUAGGGGGGAUGUCGACCAAAGUGACAAGGAGUUGGACCAACUGGAGGACAUCUUCACGGGUACCGAUUUUGAGGAAAUGGGAGCAUCGUCUGGUGAAUCGGCCAGCGAAGGGGGCGCCGCUGAAGUGGGGGGAGCAAACGACACGGAGGAAACGGGUGAAGCGGACGGCGCGGAUGACAUGAGUGAAACGGGUGAAGCGGACGAAGCGGACGAAGCGGAUGACGCGAACCGACCGAAUGACGACCGCGGGAGGAGACACCUCGUAAACCACUCAGAGCGUCUAGCACAGGCGAAAAACCCAAAAGGGGGAAGCAGUGAGGAGAGCGAAGAAAUCCCCCACAUGGUCGGACGGAGCAGCGCAUGGGAGGUGGAAGCAGACAUCCCCCCUAAUCAUAUCGCCAGGCACACCCAACAGAAAGGAAAUGCUCACAGUAGGAAUGCCCUUACGUAUCUACUAAAAAAGGCGCGCAGCAGGAUUAACAAGCACAACGUGACGAAGUGGGACGUGGGUUAUAUCACCAGAACGGUAGGUGUAGUGAAGAAGGCCCUAAAGAGGAGCGAAAAUAAACUAAAAGGAAUGGAUAACACCUUACAUGUGCACCACUUCAACACGAGAGGGCAACAACAUCAGCAGAAAAAAAACAGGAACCAAAAAAGUAGCACAUACAAUUCUCUCCUGAGCAGUGAUCUCUACUUUGCAUUUCUGUAUUUUCUCCAAGUUGAGGAUUACCCAUUUAUCUACACCUUCGUGAAGAAAAUCAUUUUGAAUAAUUCAAUCCUGAUAGACAAAAAAAUGGCUAUUAUUGAGAAGCUACUGUUAAGUAUGUAUUCCUUUCAUGCACAGAUGGGAGAAGCAAAGGAGGGACUCCAUCCUGAAACCUCAAAAGGCAUUCCUCCAUUUUUAAAAAAAAUUCUCAAUAUGUUGGUAAUUACGAAAUAUUUGCUCCUCCAAUUGAAUGCGAACAAGUUAAACAAAAUCGAUUUGCAAAAAAUUUUUGUCGAGGACGGCUAUAAAAAAUUGUUAGUGGAAAAAUUCGACAAAGAGAGAUGUGAGAAAAUUUUACAAGUUUUGAUUAAAAUAGGAGACAUUUCGAGGAUGACUCUUCUCGAUAUGAAUCUCCAUAUAAAAAAAAACAGACACACUGUAGUGUAUGACUUACGAUGGCCAGGUGGACCCAAAGAAAUAGGUAGCAUGGUACAAAAACAUCUCAGUGAGAAGAACAAGAUUGCAGAAGACCUCAAUGACCAUAAGCGAUUUCAGUUUCUAUUCGAAAUUGAGGUGGAAAAAAAAAUGAUUAUUCACUUCCAUAGGAGUGAAAAGAAUGCUCUACUGAUUUAUAUCACGACCCAUUUGAACUAUCUCAAUUUUAAUCUCCAUUUUGUGAGAAAGAUUGUCUUUUAUAUGUACGAAACGUGUUUGUAUUUCCUUUGUCCAGCUGUAUACUUUUUGAGGACAUGUUUUUAUGACUUCAGCAUGGGGAACCUAUUUUCUUCCUUGUCGAGAGUAGUAAAGAGAUUAUCUCGCACGGAGUUGGUAACGAAAUUGCUCGAGCUACGUUAUGUGUGGAUUUGUCUAGGAGAAAGCACAGCAGAUGUGAAGGGAGACACAUCUAGAGGAGACCUCCCACAGAGCAUCGAAGAAGGGGAACGAAGAGAAAGUCUCUCCAAAAUAAACACAGCAAAAAUAUUGUACAGUUCGAAGAUUUUAAACCCUUUCAAUUUUCACCUCAAGCAAGCACAAACGGAUAACCCUUCAUUUGACCAACUCAUUUGCGAUCAUGUGGAGGAGGAACAAAAAGGAGUUCAAACGUAUAAGUUAGGAAAGGAGGGAAAGUACCAUUUGGUGACUUAUCUGUGGAGUAAAUUUGACAUAAUGCCUCAACUCCACGAUUUGUGUUUUCUGCUGAAAGGGCUUAAUAUUCAGCUGGACCCAUUUUACUAUGCCAGUGAGGAGAAUCACCAAGUGAUACAGGAACUCUUCGACGGUAGUGAAGAUGACUAUGUCAAGCAUUCCCUUCUUUUCAACCUACUGAACAGAGAUUGUAUUGACUUAUUUGAAAUUAAAAAUGUGAAAAAUAAUUUGUCCCAUUUUUUCUAUGCUAAUGAGAAGCACCAUAAGUGUUUUCUAGAUUUUUACCUCUACCGUUGUGCACUAAAAUUAGACAACUUAAAAAAGGUGUCGACACUUUUAUUUACGCACCUUCUGAAGCGUCCUCUAAAAGAAUUCUGCAGAAACAUUGAAUUCAAUUUCACCAAAUGGAUGCUCCUACACAGAAGGAAAAUGGACAAAUUUUUACACUUUUACAAUGUGAUGGAUAGACUAGGGAUGGACCACCCUGAGGUCGUAGUCAAAUUAGUUACUGAUAAUUUAUAUCGGGUGGACUGCCUUUUGUUUCUCUACCUGAUGCACUACGAUGGGGAGAGUGACCCUCCCUCAGCUAGCCGCAUAAUACUCAAACUGCUCAUGGUGCUCUUCUUCACAUCGCGCACAAAUCCAGACGCAAACUUUUCAGUGAAUGAUUUUUUCCACUUUUGUGCGACAGAGACCGAGACCGAGACCCAAGGGGGUGGGGACUUACUCACAUUGGAACACUCCCCCCCAGGGGAUAUAACCCUCGAGGGUGAAUUCUGUAAGGAUGAUCAAGGUGUGGCGGCGGGUGAGAAGGCGAACGGGGCGAGCGCAGUCGGCGAAGUUAGCCAAGUUAGCGAAGCUACCGAAGCGGAAGACCCCAAAGUGCUCACAACCCGCAGCGGCAGUUCCGUGGAGACCGACGACGAGCUGUACAUUGACAAGCGCAUGGAAGUGCACGAUGAGGGGGACCACAACUCAGACGACACUGCCAACGCCGAGAUGGAUGGCGACGAGCAAAACUUUCACGAGAUCUCCUCCGUUGUAAGUAUCCCCCAUCUAUGUAUGAACGAUGAAAGUGCAUCCACGGGAGAGCACUACGAGUACACGGAUCAAGAAAAGAGCCUCAUCGCGGACAUAAACAAUUUUUUCCAAAAGGAUGACGGACUUGGUGGCGAGGAUGACAGCGAGGCUUCACGCGGAAGAGGCAGCCCUAGGGGUAUUCACGUAGACCUCGACGAGAGAAGAAUUGGCCAAAUUGAAAAGGGGUUCAGCGGCGAGGGGGGCGGACAGAGCGGAGAAGGCGGAGAAGGCGAACGGGGCGAACAAGGCGGAGAAGGCAGACAAGGCGGACAAACCGCACCGACCGAGAAGCACAAAGUGCGCAAUGCCGUGGCCUCCUUCUGCCGUCAACGCAUAACCCUCCAGCAGGUGAUAAAAAGGGUUAUAAAGAACGAAUUGAAGGCAAUUUUGUUCCUUCGUUUUUCUAGCAGAGUAACUGUGUUCAGCUUGUAUGAUAAGGCAAAGCAGAUUGACCACUUUCUGCGGAGCUUGGGCGGACGCAACGUCUUUUUCUCCCUCGAGAUGAUGGCAGUACUGCUGUGGAGGAAUAAAAGAAGGAGGUCGAGGAACAGGUUCAUUUUUCACUUUUUUGCGCUUCUGCACGUUUUGCACUUCGUCAGGGAGGGGAGAAGUGGGCAGCAAAGUGAAGAACCACCGCGUAGCCACGACAAGGACCACACAUUGGGCAACCCCCCCACAGAGGAUAGCAUCCCCAACCAGGAUGACCACGUCCAGAACAAGGAGAGUCUCCUCAAAAGCUUGACGGUACUCCUCUUAAUUAACCUGACGAAUAUAUUUCUACCAAGCGUGAACAAACUCUACUUGUUGGAAGAGAAGCAACACCUACUGUUUGACAAUGAGAGGAAUCAGAUAAACACCAAACACGACGUGGCGCAUUUUCUUCAUAUAAUUCUGAACCUAGUGGACGAGACGUAUGUUAAGGGUUAUGAAUUCGUUUACCUUAGUCUGCUCCUUUUGAUGGAAUAUGUAGUAGAGCUUUUAUGUGACGACAGCGACGUGGUAGUCCCCCCCACCAUGGCGCACAUCUUCAAGUGUAGUAAAGUGCAAAAUUUGCUAGACGAUUAUGCGAAGGGGUACCACCAUGCAGGAUACGGCAAAACGGAGGAGCAGAAGACGAGGGAGACGAAGGAGACGUACAAGACGAGGGAAACGAAGAGGAAUGCCCCCACCGCUUUCCUAAACCAGGAGGCAUACGACAGGAUUAGAAGCAUGAUGAGCCGUAUUUACUUGAAACUCCUUUCCAACUGUGACAGGUCCAUUGUGCUAGUCUGCAAAAUCGUCAUAGGGAAUAGGAUCAACUUGGAAGACGAAAUGGAAUUAUUUAAAAAAGUCAAGAGCACUAUACUGCUAUUUUUUACAUCAAAUUAUUCCCAAAUAAAAUCGAAUAAACAGAAGGUACUCCAGCAGAGCGACCCGAAGAACAUGAUGAAGAGAGGCAAUAUGAACAGAGACGAUAUGAAAAGAGACGAUAUGAACAGAGACGAUAUGAAGAGAGACGAUAGUGAGCUGUUUCAAUCGAAGAUUGCUUCCUUCAUUAAGGUCCUCCUGGUGAUAAUGCAUUACAACGUUGAUUCGUUCAAAAGCUGGGAAUAUUACGAAACUAUUAAGCAGAUAAUCACCGAUGGAGAGUGGUUCCGCAUCUUUGACGCCAAGUACGCAAGGGAGUCAGUUGAGAUGAACUUUCUUUGCAAGAGGUACACCAGGAGGAGGGGGCACCUCUACGGCGCGCAGGGAGGUGCACAGCUUGGUGGGGGGCUAACUGAUGGGCUCACUGCUGGUCCCACGGCACCUAUGGAGGACACGCCCAACGUGGGAAAUAACACCAACAAGGGUAUUAUCGAGGGUAUUACCGAUAGUGGUGCUGCUCCACAUGCUCCAGCUCGCCACCGCGAGGUAACGCAACCGCUAGAAGACGAGGAUGACGAAGUGGCCCAUGUAGAAGACCCACAUAAUUGGGACUCCUCCAGUGACAGCCGUGCAGAAAUUAACAAAACGCUGCUCUUUUAUUUGCAAAGUUGCACAGAGGGGGAGGAAAGUGACACGCAGAGGGAAGUCGACUCGGGGGAUACACCCAGUUUGCUAAGUUUGAAUCAGAUGGUGCAAGGGAAUUCCCCGUGGAGCAGGGGUCCCCUGGAUCGUAGCAAUGACCACCAGGUAGGGGAAGAAGAGAGGAAUAAGAGCGCUGACAAAUCGCAGAGGAAGGGCGUGGUGUCCGGGGUUGCUCAUACCGCAAUGAAGGGGCUCUCACCCCACAGUUCAGCAACCAACCUGGCGGGACCCCCCCAGAAGGGGGAUAAUGCGGUGCUCAACGGGGAGAACCUCAACGGGGAGGACCUCAACGGGGAAGACCUACACGGGGAAGACCUGCACGGGGAGGACCUGCACGGGGAGGACCUCGACGGGGAGGACCUCGACGGGGAAGAUCCCUUCCAGUUUAACACCUCCAAAGUGCGGGAAACCAUCCUGAAUGACUAUGGGAAAGGCUUCCUGUCCAAGUACAUAAAUAAGCUUACCACGAAGGAGGAGUGCGAGGAGAGACUGAAGCAGGUGGGGAGGAAGUCCAAAAUGAUGAAUCUAGUAAAAUAUGCAGCAUACAUUCUACGAUACUGGAAUAUCGAAAUAGAAGAGUUGCAAAAAGGAGAAAGAGAAGAAGGGUUUCAAAUUUUAAUUUUUUUUGCAAACCAUUUCCAUUUUUUCGAAAAUUUAAUCAAAUAUAAAAUUAUUUUGAAAUUGUACAUGCAUAAUGAGCUCAACCUAGCAGACGAACUCCUGGGACAGAAAAGCAGGAUGUGGUCAUGGUACAGAAAUGAUGUGAAAAUAAAAAGCUCCAUUGAGGAAUAUCUCAUGAAGGAUAUAUGUUACACCAAUUUCUUCAGUGGGAAAGGGAAUAACGACGAGACGUUUCUACGAUCAUUUAACCAAGUGUUAAGAAGGGGCCAUUGGACUAGUGCUCCGCUUUCAAGACAAGAAGAAGGGGACCCCAUCCUGACACCACCCACGAGUUGCUUCUACCUAACAAACUACCACAACAAUAAGUUUAACGAAAUAUUUUUCAAAAGCAUAUAUAUGCAGCAUUAUGCCUUUAGGAAGUACUGCAAAGAUGCAAAGGGUGGAAAACACAUGGGGGGAUAUCUUCCCAGGGAAACCCAAUUCGACACAGGAGUUACCCACCGGGGGAAGUAUACAACUCAGGGCCAGGAAAUAAAACAUAAUCAGCCAAGUCAUACGUACCACUUGCGUGAUGUGCAGGGUUACUACUCCCCCCGAGAGCAGUCCCCAACUCAACAGAGUACCAACCACCUCCCCCUGUUCUACCUAUCCUUCAUGGACCUCUACGCACGCACCGCAGAUGUAUACGAUUUCUACUUCCAAGCAAUAAUAUUCAAGUUAAUGAAAGAGGAGGAGCUACACAUAAGCAAAGCGAAACAAUAUCAAGAAGAUAUAGAAACAUAUUUUCAGAACAUGUUAAAUCAGUACGACUUAUAUUUGAUGCUUCUCCAUUAUCAGUUGUUUACCUUUCAGUCUGUUAGCUGCAACAACACCUGUACGAAUUUUCUCAAUAGGCGUGAACAGAAGUUGGUUCUCUAUCUGUGGGUCAGACUCACUCAGGACCUAAUGAAGAAGUACCGGUAG